AUGUUUAAUUCAUCUUGCAUGCCUCCAGCACUGACUUAUAAUAAUUGUUUACCCAUUCUCGGACGUGACCAACUAGUCAAGUCAAUUAUAAGAGACAAUAAGUCAAUAUUGUAUGGAAAAAGUUUAACCGACUACAGAUUAGUAAUGAAGUUACUGAUCGUUCUUCUGUUAUUAAAAAUUUGUUCCAUUAAUACCGUACCAUCGGAUGGGCCACAAUUUCCGCCUACAUUUAGACCGUGGCGUACCAUAUCACCUGGCCAUUUACAGAGUUUUGGCAAUCAGAGAUCACCUGAUGGCCCAGUUCGACCUUAUAUAGAUCGAUAUCUACAUCCAGUAGAUUUUUGGGAGUAUCACGUUAAACAUAAACUACCACUUGUAUAUCGUAAUGCCAUUAAUCGUUCUCCGGCUAUUAAGUUAUGGGAUGAUGAAUAUUUACUUAAAAACUACGGUAACUUGGAUGUUUUAGUAGAGAAAAAAGUAGAAAAUAGAUCUUAUUCACCAAGAAGAAUGGUACUUAAAGCAUUUCUAAAUCAAUAUAAGAAAGAAGAUAUUUACGUUGUUACCGUUUUACCAGACGCGAUGAGGCCUGAAGUUCAGAUCGUUCCGAGUGUGUUAUGCGGAACAUUUAAAACCUAUCUUCAAGAAACCAAUUUAUGGAUUGGAUCUGGUGGCACUAGCUCUAUUAUCCACUUUGAUGCGGAUCAUAAUAUUCAUUGUAUGGUGCAUGGAAGAAAGGAUUUCAUGAUGAUUCAUCAUAGAUACUAUAAGUAUCUGUAUUUUAAUCAAAAUUCGCCAGGAUCAGGAUCCGGCUAUUCUAAAAUCAACGUCAAUAAAGUGGACAUGAAUUUAUAUCCUCUUCUAAAGCGAGUCCCGUGGACUUAUGCUACGUUAAGAGCUGGCGAUUGUAUUUACAUUCCAGGAGGAUACAUUCACCAAGUGAAAUCAUAUAAGAGGAGCAUUUCUGUUACUACUUUAUUUUCUCCAACUAAAACAUUUAAUUCGAGCGGCUGUGAAAAUUUAACUUUGAAGUAUACACCCAUGAGUGAAGCACCUAUCCACUGGACAUACAAAGAAGGAGAUCACACUAUCGAUUUAGGGUACCGCAACUUAGUAAUAGUCAGAAAAGACAUUUUAAAGUUAUUUGGGUUAGUUGCAAAGGGAAAAGCAAAAAUUACGAAAGAAAUGUUCAUGAAAUAUGGAGCUAGAGAACUUUGCGAAGACUGGCAAAGACCGCCAUUAGAAGUGUUUGAAAAGUAUUUUGACCCUGAUGGGAAUGGUUACUUUACACAAGAGGAUAUUGAGCAAUUACCUAUUGCAUCACUGAAAGAAAUUGUCAGAGCUAUAGAAAAUCCAGCAGGACCUUUAAAGGCCGCUGAAAGAAUAGAUUGGAACCAAGUGUUAGCAGAUAGACAAGCAUUAGAAAAAAUGGAAGAAGAAGAGCUAAGAAGAAGACAAGAAAGGGGUGAGGACGAGGACGAAGAGGACGAAGACGAUGAUCGACGAGAAGAGAGUGAUGAUGAUAGUGAAGGAGAAGACGAUAAUGAUGGACAACGUGACCUUCAAAAUGAAUAUGAUAGAAAACAACAGCAUAAACACGAAGAACUUUAA